UCGGCCGCUCUGAGUCAGCUGACCGACUCGCCGCGGCCGCUUUCAGUGUUUUGUUUGUGCCUGUCUAAAGUAAACGUCCCGUCGAGGAAGGAGAGCGCUUUAGUUAAUAUGCCGACAGAGAAAUCCUUCAAGCAGAGGAGGACUUUCGAGCAGAGAGUGGAAGAUGUACAUCUUAUUCGAGAGCAGCAUCCCAACAAAAUUCCAGUCAUAAUUGAAAGAUACAAGGGAGAAAAGCAAUUGCCUUUGUUGGAUAAGACCAAAUUUCUUGUCCCUGACCAUGUAAACAUGAGUGAACUGAUUAAAAUCAUACGGAGACGCCUGCAAUUAAAUUCAAAUCAGGCUUUUUUCCUGUUGGUGAAUGGGCACAGCAUGGUUAGUGUUUCCACACCUAUAUCUGAGGUGUAUGAACGUGAGAAGGAUGAAGAUGGUUUCCUCUACAUGGUCUAUGCAUCCCAGGAAACUUUUGGAAUGAGCACUACACUGUAACUGUAAUUUGAUUUACAGUACCUCAAUAUUCCUGUAGGUUCCCUGCCAUAAAGCAUUGCAAAACAUAAGGCAGCUUAUUCAGCUCCUUCAGGAAUGAGGUAUCACAGUUAAUUGGAAUUAAAAAGCUGGUAGUGUAACUGCAGUACUUUGCUUAGGCUCUCAAAAUUGUACUGUAUUCUUAUAAAAGCUGUCCAUAGUCAUUUUAUGCCAAAUUCAAAUUGCAUUCAGAAAUCAUCAGGUAUCUUUUAUUAACUACAGACUUGAGUAAUUUGAGUAACUUUUUAAAAGCAAAAUGACUAAACAGAAGAUUUUGCUUUGAAAUUAUCAGGAAUUGUCUAAAACACAAUAGUGCUUCAAAUGUGAAUUAUUGAAGAGCAUUUAAGUGGCUUGUUCAUAAAAUAGAUGUAUUUCUAACUAAUCGUUAUUCUCUGUCCAACUACAUUCAAUCCCUUUGGUAAGUGAUUUUUAAAUGGCAGUGGAAAUGUUUCAACUAGAGAAGUUAUGGCUAUUUUUAAUGAAAGGCAGCCAAGAAUUAAUGCUAUUGGAUUCAGACAUAGAAAAGAAGAGUUUCUCAAUUUUACAAAGUCUUUCACAACUUUCUUAAAGAAAUUAUUGCAGUGUUACCAUUUCUCAUUAAAAAUGAAAUUUGCUUCACUUCUGAAUAGCUGUUUGUCAAUUCAAAGCUGUUUCUCACAUACUCAAUCUCUAGCUAUUGAUGCUCUUGCUAAGAUUUAGUGACAGUUGAACUUGAUAAUCUGCAUUCUAAAUAUAUCUGGACUGUCUGUAUUGAAAUUAUGGUAAAGCACCAGAAUAAAAAUUGAACCAACUUUAAAAGUGCAUCAUAUACAGUAUAGUCUGCAGAAAUAGGGAUACAAAUAAUAAACAGCCAUUCCAUUACAUUUUCUGUAAGUUUUUUAAACAAUUAAGUUUUUACUUGAUUAAUUUAGCCGUACAUUUUGAUUGUAUGAAUGUUCUUUGUCAUAAAUUUGUCAUCUAUCCACUUAAGUUUGAUAUUCAGAAUGUAUAAUGUAACCAGGCAUCCUAAUUAAAUAUGCAUACUAGUCAAACUUUAGUGUUUCUCUCCAUUUAUGUACAUCUAAAUAUUGUUUUCUAUUGGUAAGUAAUUUUAAUUAGUAUCUUUAGAAUAUUUAAAGAACAUUAUUUUGAAUUUCUUAGAUGAGUAGUCCUGGAAAUGUAAGAAUAUGAAAUUUUAAAUGUGCAUACCUUUUAUUUGUUAAUGUGUAAAUACUGAAGGCAGACUUUCUUGAUUCACUGCUUUUGCUGCAUAUGUUAAUACCUGAAAUAAUAAUUACCUGCUUUAUAUGUCCUCAAAUCACCUUGCUGUAAGGAAUUGUAGGCACAAAAUCAUUAUGAAGGUUAUUGUUAUUAAAGUGUAUAGGCUACAUUAUUGCCAAGAAUUGUAUCUUUUAGUUGUAAAGUAAGCCAUUAGUACUGUUGACAUUUGAGGAACAUUACAUUCUGAAAUUCUUUGUAUAAUGCUGCAAAUUAUUCAAGCUGCUCCAAAUGGUUAAAUAUUCUGUUUUAGAAUAUUUAGACCGUUACUGACUCUCAAUCUAAAAUAUCUCAAAACAAAGCAUUUAAUUAUUGCCAUAUUUCUGUAUUGCCCAUUGUUAUUCCAUUGUUAUCACCUGGUGUCUCCACUGUGGACUUCAUCCUGAUUUUACUGUUUGGUGUUUCUGAAAACAGAAUGUGACAAAAAUCCAAAAAUGUUCAACAGUGCCUUGGUUUUAGUUUUAAUUGUCAUUUUGUUUGACAUAAAAAUUUAAAGUACUUCAUUGACACUUGACCUAAUGUAUAUUUUCAAUAGUACAUAAACAGAUUUGUGUAAUUUGUAAAUUAGAACUACUUUUUUUAUUGGUUACUUUGGAUCUGCUGUUGAGAAACCAGAACUGACAACUUGUAAAUAUACUGUGUAUGAUAUACUGAGUAUGAACUGCGUGCCUGAAUGGAAAGAUGCAUUUGCCCUUUUCAAAUAAAUGAGAACGAAGUAAAAUCUUGGUUUGCUUUCU